AUGUGAUUGAAUGUACUACAGUACACGGUGUGACGAGUGUGUUUGUUUCUCCCAAACCUUGAAAUUUUUAAUCGCCAAAAAUGAGUGCUCCUUCGGCUGAAGGAUCUACUGACUCUGUCCAGACGUUUGAAUUAGGACCUGAACAUGAACUCCGUUUCGAAGUUGAAGGAAAGAAUAAGGUCAUCAUGUCGGUUCGUGCUGGAAUGGCAGAAGUUUUCGGAACUGAACUAGUCAAAGAAAAGGAAUACACAUUCCUGUCUGGAGCUAAAAUAGCUGUAUUUACCUGGCAAGGAGCAACUAUAGAACUACGAGGAAAAGCGGAAGGCUGUUACAUUGCCAAAGAGACACCCAUGGUUAUGUACUUAAAUUGCCAUGCUGGCCUUGAGCAGUUACGAAGGAAAGCAGAAGAGAACAGUGAACUUCAUGGACCUGUCCUAAUGGUUGUUGGUCCACAAGAUGUUGGCAAAUCUACUCUUUGUCGGCUUCUACUGAACUAUGGAGUUCGUAUGGGGCGACGCCCCAUUUUUGUUGAUCUUGAUGUUGGUCAGAGCCAUGUUUCUAUUCCUGGAACUAUUGGGGCCCUGUUGGUUGAAAGACCAGCUGCAGUUGAAGAGGGGUUCUCACAACAAGCUCCCAUUGUAUAUCACUUUGGGCACAAAUCACCCAGCGGUAAUAUAAAACUCUUCAACACACUUGUAUCAACUUUAGCAGAAUGUAUCAAAGAAAGAAUGCAAGCAAAUCGGAAAGCCAAUGUUUCUGGAGUGAUCAUAAACACUUGUGGUUGGGUAAAACAAAGUGGCUACCGGUCACUCACUCAUAUUGCACAAGCAUUUGAAGUUGAUGUUAUUGUUGUAUUGGAUCAGGAAAGACUGUAUAAUGAAUUAGUCAGAGAUAUGCCACCUUUUGUUCGUGUUGUCUUCCUUCCAAAGAGUGGCGGGGUUGUUGAAAGAAAUAAAGCUGCAAGAUCAGAGGCUCGGGAUUCAAGAGUAAAGGAGUAUUUUUAUGGGCUACGGUCUCCUAUGUAUCCCCAUUCAUUUGAUGUCCGCUUCAGUGAUGUGAAAAUUUAUAAAAUUGGAGCUCCAUCCUUGCCAGAUUCUUGUAUGCCACUGGGUAUGAAAGCAGAUGACAAUAAAACUAAACUUGUACAGAUGCAGCCAGGCAUGGGCAUUCUCAAUCACAUUUUGGCAGUAAGCUUUGCAAAUUCAUUAGAGGAAGAAGUAAUUCAAAGCAAUGUAGCUGGAUUCAUUUGUGUAACUAAAGUUGAUCCAGAAAGACAAAUGAUGACUGUUUUAUCACCUCAACCACGACCUCUUCCCCAAACUUUACUUUUGUUAUCUGAAGUUCAAUAUAUGGACAGUCAGUAGUGAACAAAUAAUAUUUUGUUUUGUGUUGUUAUUUUUUUUUAAUGUGUUGCCUUUAAGACUUUUGUUUAAAGACAUUGUUUUCUGUGUGUGACACUGUAAAUCAACUGUUAAUCAUCAUGUACAUUGUGCUACUCCAUUGUUUAAUUUUAAAUUAAAAGAAAAAAAACUGAAA